GAAAAGCUAACAAUACUUUACCUUCUUAUAUCAAAAUAGGGGAUACGAUUUGUUUAAAUUGUUACAAUGGAAUUGUAACAAAAAGUUCCAUUAAAUUUCAACAACAUGUUCAAGCUACAGAGCGAUCUGAAGUUGAAAGUGGACCAUCUGAAGCUAUUGGGACUGUUGUAAUUGGAAAUGAAAGAUCUGGUGUUAGUGAGACUGAAAGUAUUAACUGUAUGCAGCAAUCAGAAAUUGACGAGGCUGAUGAAAAUACCGAUCAUUUAGAUCCCAUAGUUAUAAAAGAGAUAUUGGUUAAAUCUCUUAUAAGAAUGAAAAAGUCUUAA